CUCGAGCCAACACCACGCGACAGGGACUGACAAGAUGGCGAUCAUUUCAGAAACAGAGGAGUAGCUGCAGUGAAGGAUAGCUCGAUUUAACGAUGCCCUGGGAGGGUCCCAUUUUUCAGCUCACCAUGGUCACCAUGGUGAUCUGAAGACAGUGUGAAACGCUGACACACACACACACACGUGCCCACACAGACAGACAGUCGCUUACUGACGGACACAGCCAGCCAGCCAGUUUGGCAGGCAGGCUGGUGUAAUGGACAGGUGUAAGCAUGUGGGGCGGCUGCGGCUGGCCCCAGACCACUCCAUCCUCAAUCCCCAGAAGUGGCACUGUGUGGACUGCAACACCACCGAGUCUGUAUGGGCCUGCUUAGGUUGUGCUCAUGUGGCGUGUGGGCGAUACAUCGAGGAGCACGCUCUGCAGCACUUCCAGCAGCAGCACCAUCCAUUGGCAAUGGAGGUUAACGAACUUUAUGUUUUCUGCUACUUGUGUGAUGACUACGUCCUGAAUGACAAUGCAACCGGAGACCUCAAACUGCUUCGUAGCACACUCAGCGCCAUUCAGAGCCAACGCUACGAGGUCACCACCCGCAGUGGGCGCACCCUCCGCUCUGCCAGUGCCGCCCUUGAGGCCCCCAUGCCAUAUGGUGCCCGCGAGCUGCAGCUGAGGGACGAGGACAGGAUGUUCACGGCCCUCUGGCACCGCCGCAGAGCACUUAUGGGACGCAUCUUUCGCUUCUGGUUUGGACUGACAGAGGGCGGGAAGAAGAGGGAGCAGGAAGAGAGAAAGAGGGAGGAGGAGGAGGAGCGGAAAAGGGAGGCGAGGGAAAGGAGGAGGGCUCUGAAGAGGCAGCUCAAGGAAGAACUUGAGAGUGCUCCAACCAGGAAGAGCCGCCGCUUACGUCGGAAAAGCCAGAGAGCUAUGGAUGCUGCAGUUGUUAUUAAAUCUUCUCACAGGACACGCAACAAGACAAAAAGCCCUUUGCCCUCUCGCACCGCCCGUAGGCCAAGGACUCAAAGCCCCGCCACUUCUACCCCCAAGAAAGUGGCACAGCCCAAAAAGAUCCAGCCUACCCCUAAGACACGCACCCUUAAAUCUAAGCCCAAAGCUUCAGUGCCCGCCCGAACUACCCCCACCCCCGUUCGCCGCAAGCAGACCAACAAACAGGGCGGCUCACCCUUCAAGCGGCGUCCCACAGUCACUCCUGGAGUGACGGGCCUGAGGAACUUGGGCAACACAUGUUAUAUGAACUCCAUCCUGCAGGUGCUUAGCCACCUGCACGUCUUCAGGGAGUGCUUUUUGCGCCUGGAUCUGACCCAGGCACUGGAGCUACUAGCAUCUGCUGUCCACGGCCAACUGGCAGGGAAGGCCUCAUCCCACUCCCCCUUGGGCCAGAAGAAGGGGAUCCAGGCCAGCUCAUGCUCCGGGGCCGGGCUGAGCGGAGGGGCAUCGCGGGCCCGCAGUAUGGAGCUAAUACAACCCAAAGAGCCCAGCUCGAAGCACAUCUCCCUCUGCCACGAACUGCACACCCUGUUCCAGGUGAUGUGGUCUGGAAAAUGGGCGCUGGUAUCGCCUUUUGCUAUGCUCCAUUCAGUAUGGCAGCUGAUCCCAGCUUUCCGGGGCUACGCUCAACAGGACGCCCAGGAGUUCCUCUGUGAGCUGCUGGACAAAGUGCAGCAUGAGCUGGAGAGCACCGGCAAGCACACACCAACCACAGGCGUCCCACAGACACAGAAAAGACUCAUUAAGCAGGUGCUCAGUGUGGUCAACACUAUCUUCCAUGGCCAGCUCCUCAGCCAGGUGACGUGCCUGGCCUGCAACCAUCGCUCCAACACUGUGGAGCCGUUCUGGGACCUUUCCCUGGAGUUUCCUGAGCGGUAUCAUAGUAAUAGCAGGGAAUCAGCGGCACAGGCCUCAUGCCAGCUGACGGAGAUGCUGGCUAAGUUCACAGAGACUGAGGCCCUGGAGGGCAGCAUCUACGCCUGUGACCAGUGCAACUCUGCGCGCCGGCGGACCUCCUCCAAACCAGUCAUCUUGACCGAAGCUCAGAAACAGCUGAUGGUCCACAAACUGCCUCAGGUCCUGCGGCUUCACCUCAAGCGCUUUAGGUGGUCUGGGCGGAACCACAGAGAGAAGAUUGGCGUCCACGUCAGCUUCGACCAGCUUCUCAACAUGGAGCCCUACUGCUGCCAAGACCCCUCACCCAAAGGCGUCGCCUGCUCCAUUCCCAGCAGCCCCACGGGCUCACCUCGCCCCAAACACUUCCUCUAUGAACUCUCUGCUGUGGUGAUGCAUCAUGGGAAGGGCUUUGGCUCCGGCCACUACACUGCUUACUGCUACAACACAGAAGGGGGCUUCUGGGUUCACUGUAAUGACUCUAAGCUGAAUGUGUGUUCUGUGGAGGAGGUUUGCCGUGCCCAAGCCUACAUCCUCUUCUACACACAGCGCGUCACUCAGGACAAAGACAGGCCGCUAUAGGACCACAGUCCACCCCCCCACCCUCACCCCCACCCCCUCCGCUGCAUCCUGACCACUCAGCGAGAAGAUAUCAGCACAGUCCCACCAAUCGCUCUUUCUCUCCCUCUCUUUCUUUGGGCAUUUUAUAUCCUGGGAGGAUGGGUCUAAUAGGUAUAUUUUCUAAAAAAGGAAAAAAGUCCUUUUUUUAAAAAAUGACGGUUCUGCUUUGUGAACUUCUUGUAUAUGGUGUUUAUAUGUUGGUAUUUUUUAAGUCGCGAAAAAAAAAACGGUGAUGUUUGUGUUUUGAUUGUGUACAGCUGUAUUUUAUAAAGAGUAUCAGCCAAGGUGUGUCCUCAGUAGCAGCCAACAGACUUUGGCCGGGGCGUGACUACGUACAAGUGUCCUCUACAACCAGCACAAGUGUGUUCAGGUGUCUGCCUGCACUUGUUGGCUAUCGAUUGUAAAUGCUGUUUGUUCAUUUGAAUCAACCGAAAUAUUUCUCAGUCACUUUAGCUAGUCAACGCAAAACUGGAUGUAGAUGGUACUGGGUUCUAAAAGGUAAUUCACUGUUUCUCAGUUUAGAAAUGCCCUCCCUGUUCCCUAGACACUUGUGUGUAGUGGCAAAAGAUAACAAGGGGACUAUACUUUGCCCUCUGUUUGAUGAGUCAUCACAGCCCGUAUGCAGUCCUACCACUAAAAAGCGGGUGUCUAUGGAGGAGGUUGUCAGUUUCUAAUCAGGCCAAAAUCUGUAAACCCAUACAUAAGCAAGAAGUAAGUGAAGUUUAUUUUCACUCUCAAGUACUUCUGGGUCCGUCACGAAUCAAUUGGCAGACCCGCAGCCAUAUCACAGGGGGAAGGGUUUGGAAUCUCCCUCAGCUUUUUUCCAAAACGGUUUUGACAUUUGCUGGGUGUUGAGUUUCCCCAACUGGUGGAGGAAACGCAGUGGUUUUACAUGUUUCCAAAGGGAUGUUUUUGGCUAAACGCUGCCACCUCUCUGCUUCAGAAUGUAAAAUUGUCUUCAGUCGGAGUCUGAAGUAUCCCUGACAGAUACUAGUGUUCUAGAGAAGUGCCCUUUUUGUUAAAGCAAAUCUAUUUUUAUAGCUCCUUUUCUAGGAAAAAUAGUUCAUAUCGAAUUCAGAAAAGUGGCACGUGCACAGCUGCAGUCCCGCCCAGGCCAGCAUUUAGAAAACGAAUGUAUUUUUAUACAAUCCUUUUUAAGAGGUUUUAUGUGUUACAAAAGAGGCCAUUGACUGUUUUUAAUACGUUUUCGAUACAGCAGCUGAGUCUUUCACCCUCUUGAUUGUUGAAUAACACCAGCAGUUUGAAUAAGACUGAAUUUUAAUCGCUCUCCCCAGUAUGAGUUUGUCCACCAGCAACUAGGUGUGUAUACUGUAUGUGUGCAUACUGUAAGUAAAUUAGCCAGACAGAUUUAAGAGGAUUUCUGCAGUUUUACACAUGUGUAUGUGAUAAAGAAUUUAAACUGUCAUCCACCUCAACUUUGUUCCCUCUGUUCCUCCUUAUCUGCCAGGAGGGAAUUCAAAGCACAUUUCAUUGUUUCCAUUGUGACAGUUUGUUGGCAUUUGGUUACUACUCCUUGGAUGUGUGUGUAAAUUUAUGGAAGUUAUACUAUGCAAAUUGUUACCUCAAUUUUUUUCUAGAGAAAAUUACCUCAAUAAAAAUGAGAAUAUUUUUUCAUUUUUCUAAGAAAA